AUGACGCCACAAAAGCUUCCCCCGCAUCAUGACUUCUGGCGACAGCGCCUUGAAAGAGGGAGAGAGAUGGGCCUCGAGUCUGAGCUUGGGAAGAAGGCACUAGAAGCGGGUCGAAGCUUAGACAUCGAUGGCGUGCGAGCUCAUGUAGAAAGCUUGGUUUCGUGUCUCUCAGAGCCGCAGAGGUACGAAGAGCUGCUGCGUGAGAUUGGCGACGCGCAGGUUGUGCUGAUUGGGGAGGCAACGCAUGGAUCGCGAGAGUUCUAUGAAGAACGUGCGAACAUCUCCAAGCGCCUCAUCGAGGAGAAGGGCUUCUCGCUGGUGGUCUGCGAGGCGGACCUGGUCGCCAUGGCCCGCGUGGACCGCUACGUCCGCGGCGAGUCGCUUGACGGCAGCGCGGCCGCGGCGCUUUCAGGGUUUACCCAUUACCCGCGGUGGAUCUGGAGAAACAAGGAAGUUGAGGACUUCGUGGAGUGGGCCAGACGGCACAACGAGAAGGUGUUUCUGCAGGAUACCCGGAACGGCUGUGCAGUAUCGAUCCACGGGUGCGACCUGCACGGACUUUAUAAGUCCUUGGACGUGGUUAUCCAGUAUCUAAAGAAGAGAGACCCCGAAGCCGCAGAACGGGCUAAGCAGCGCUACUCCGGCUUCGCUCAAUUCGCAUCCGACGCGCACGAAUACGGCUUCGCCACGUCAGGCGGACACGGCCACAGCUGCGAGGAUGACGUCACCCUUGUGUUCGCCGAGCUGCAGGACAUGGGGCGGCCCGCGGCCGCGGCCGCGGCCGCUCGCGACAGCGCGUGCGGCCACCGCUGCCAGGACGAUGAGUACUUUUUUGCAUUGCAGAACGCAGUCGUGGUGAAAGAUGCGGAGGCGUACUACCGGACCAUCUACGAAUCGUACGAAGCUGCGUGGAUCAUACGCGACCGACACAUGUUCAACGCGCUAGUGGCCCUGAAGGAGCACUGCGAGGAGCUGUGCGGCGGGGUCUGCAAGGCGGUCGUGUGGGCGCACAACUGCCACGUCAGCGAUGCGCGCGCGACGGAGAUCGCCUGGGACUGGAACCAGAUCAACACGGGGCAGCUGUGCAAGGAACGGUUUGGCGACGACGCUUUCAGCAUUGGCUUCAGCACUUUUGGUGGCACCCUCACGGCGGCCCCUGCGUUGGGGGAGCCCGGGCGGUGCGUGCAGCUCCGGCCCCCGGCUCCAGGCACCUUUGAAUGCACUCUAGAGCAGGUGUCGCCCGCCCGCUUUCUGCUGGAUUCGCGGAGGGCCGAACCGCACGACAUUGUGCUGAUGAAGCGGUCCAUCGGCCUCGUGUACCGAGAAGAUGCCGAGGGGGACAACUAUUACAGGGCCAAGGUUUUCCAGCAGUACGACAGUAUGAUCCACAUCGGCCGAACAACUGCGGUGGAACCUCUCGACAAUGAGUCGGCGUCUGGCGAGAUUGAGGAGGUAGACGAGACGCCUCAGACUUAUCCAUUUGGAAUCUAGAUGCCUGACCUCAGUAAACUGGCGAGGCGCGCACACGCUCGACUAAGCAAAUUUAGGCCGUAGAAGGAAGAU